GACAGCGACAUGGCGGGGCACACGCAGCAGCCGAGCGGGCGCGGGAACUCCAUCCCCGCGCCCUCGCCCUCCCCCAGCCCAGGCCCCGGCCUCGGCGCCUCGGAACGGGUGGCGCUCAAGAAGGAGAUCGGGCUGGUGAGCGCCUGCACCAUCAUCAUCGGAAACAUCAUCGGCUCGGGCAUCUUCAUCUCACCCAAGGGUGUACUAGAGCACUCAGGCUCUGUGGGCCUGGCCCUCUUCGUCUGGGUCCUGGGCGGGGGCAUCACUGCCCUGGGCUCUCUCUGCUAUGCGGAGCUGGGAGUCACCAUCCCCAAGUCCGGUGGGGACUACGCUUAUGUCACAGAGAUCUUCGGGGGCCUGGCUGGCUUCCUGCUGCUCUGGAGCGCUGUGCUCAUCAUGUACCCCACCAGCCUGGCCGUCAUCUCCAUGACCUUCUCCAACUACGUGCUGCAGCCCGUAUUCCCCAACUGCAUCCCACCUGCUGCCGCCUCCCGCAUCCUCUCCAUGGCCUGCCUGAUGCUCCUGACAUGGGUGAACAGCUCCAGCGUGCGCUGGGCCACACGCAUCCAGGACAUCUUCACGGGUGGGAAGCUUCUGGCCCUGUCGCUCAUCAUUGGCAUGGGCUUUGUCCAGAUCUUCCAAGGACACUUUGCGGAGCUGAGGCCCAGCAAUGCCUUCUCCUUCUGGAUGAAGCCCUCUGUGGGCCACCUGGCCCUGGCAUUCCUCCAGGGCUCCUUUGCCUUCAGUGGCUGGAACUUUCUCAACUACGUCACCGAGGAGCUGGUGGACCCUCGAAGGAACCUACCUCGUGCCAUCUUCAUCUCCAUUCCACUGGUGACCUUCGUGUACACGUUCACCAACGUUGCCUACUUCACCGCCAUGUCCCCACAGGAGCUGCUGUCCUCGAACGCGGUAGCUGUGACCUUCGGGGAGAAGCUCCUGGGUUACUUUGCUUGGGUCAUGCCUGUUUCCGUGGCGCUUUCCACUUUUGGAGGGAUCAAUGGCUACCUGUUCACCUCCUCCAGGCUGUGCUUCUCUGGAGCCAGGGAGGGGCACCUUCCCAGCCUGCUGGCCAUGAUCCAUGUCAGACGCUGCACCCCUAUCCCCGCCCUCCUUGUCUGUUGUGGGGCCACAGCCGUCAUCAUGCUCGUGGGAGACACAUACACUCUCAUCAACUACGUGUCCUUCAUCAACUAUCUCUGCUACGGUGUCACCAUCCUGGGUCUGCUCGUGCUGCGCUGGAGGCGGCCGGCGCUCCACAGGCCCAUCAAGGUGAACCUGCUUGUCCCAGUCAUGUACUUGGUCUUCUGGGCGUUCCUGUUGGUCUUCAGCUUCAUCUCGGAGCCAAUGGUCUGUGGAGUCGGGGUCAUCAUCAUCCUCACAGGGGUGCCCAUUUUCUUCCUGGGAGCAUUCUGGAGAAGUAAACCAAAGUGUGUGCAGCGACUCACUGAGUCAAUGACACGCUGGGGCCAGGAGCUGUGUUUCGUGGUCUACCCCCAGGGCUCCCCGGAGGAGGAAGAGAACGGGCCCUGCCAGCCCUCCCCAAUCCCCACCUCGGACACACCCUUGAAGACACAAUGAGAUGCUUGAGGAGGCUGAAGCAGCUGUUUCUGUUUACAUGUUGUUUAUUGAGGAGGUGUUUUUGCAAAAACUUUUUUUCAUUGUUGUUGUUUGGAAAAAAAGAUCUGAUUCUUAGACGCCCGUCAUAAAGAAGUCCUGAAGAUGUGGACUG